CCUCUUACUCGCGCCGGGUAAACUUCGCUACGAGCGACGCGUAAACCCUUUUUUAUUUCUAGCAAAAAUGCCUUCCUGUGUUUUUAGGUGGUGCACAAAUUACACCGCUACUGUUAGAAACAAGAAAAACGUAUCAUUUCAUUCAUUUGGCAACCAAUGGCAUUCCUUCUCACCAUUUAAUAGUAUAGUGCAACACAUAUAUCACGCAGUCUAUAGUUUUCUCUGUCUACGAGCGAGGCUUUGCGUGUUUUACACGGCCGUUGCCGGAUUACCCAAGUAUGGUCAAAUGAAAGAAAAGUGGUUAAAUGUUAUUAGGAAUCAAAGACGUGAAGAUGAUUGGAUGCCAACUAUAUAUUCCACAGUGUGUUCCGAACAUUUUGUGACUUCUGAUUUUAUAAUUACAAAAAAGAAUACGCGAAGACUGAAAAAAAAUGCAGUCCCUGUGAUCAAGGUCGAAAACGAUACUAACAAUUUUAUUCAAUUCAAACUUGUUGGGGGAAGUUUAAGGAUAAAGCCGAACAUAUGUCCUCAUAAACUCGACUAUCAAAAGUCGCACGAAGAAACGCGUCGAAUGGAGCAUGACAAUUCUUUAAAAAAAGAGGUAUCAUCGACUUCGAGUGAAUCGCUCUCGUGUGAGCGUUUUGAAAUAAUUGAAUGCGAUAAUAGGCUGCGUAUCAAAACGGAAGAUCCAGAAGCAGAGACCCAUAAUGUGCAUAUUAAAAAAUCACUCAGUGACGAUGAAUUGGAAGAAGAUGAAGAUGAAACUGUAUCAAAAGUAAUAACGACGACUACUGGUGCACACGAUAAUAUCCAUAACAUAUAUAUUAAAAAAUCACUCAGUGACGGAGAAUUGGAAGAAGAUGAAACUGUAUCAAAAGCAAUAGCCACCAGCAUUCCUGGUGCACCUGGAAAUGUAUCUAUAUCAUUUUCGGAUAUGGAUGACGAUGGAAAUCUAUCAGCUUCUGAAUUAAGUUGUUCUGAUGUUGAUGAAGUAUUAGAAUCGCCAAGACACGCGAUGAUGCGUAAAGAAUUACAAAAGAAGACGGAACUGCUCAAAAAAAUUCAAAACAAAAUUGGAGCACUUCAAAAAAAGAAUGGAAGGCUUGAAAAGCGAGUGGCUUCCCUAAAGAAUAUUGUUGAGACGUAUAAAAAGGGAAAAUGCUGUUGCCAUACCAAAAUAAGCGAUGAAAGUGACAGUGACAGCAAAUCGCAGAAUGAUUAGGUUACUUAGCUUUUUAAUUUCAUGUGGUGCAUUGACACACUCGUGAGAAAGCGCACACACAUAUGUAAAAAAUAUGUAAGCUUGCUAUUCAUCUUGAAAUUCGCGGAUUCGUGUUAAAAACGGUUUUUCGGACGAAUACAGUUUGUACUACCUACAGAGGUUUCUUCGAACUAAGAGGCGAAUGGCGAACGUGAUUGUAACGCCUAAUGAAAGUGACAAAUAAAUAUGUAGAAAGAAAUAAAUAAUUAUGCGUAUUACGUUAUGAAGACUAGAUACAUAUAGAUUAGUCAUACAAAUUAGGGAGAUCAGCGCGAUAUUUUCUUUAAGAAGUAAAUAUAAUUUUGGAAAAAACAUUCCCUCUAGUAAAAUUCCUGUGAUUUAAUUGAUAUAGAUUAGUACUUAGUUAUCGCUUACAUUGCUAAAUUUUACAAUGUAAAUAAAAUUUUUAUAAUAAAUA